AUCUUCAAGCUUCCUCUUCAAGCAUCUGAUCCGCGAACAACCCAGAGGUUCAGGAGCGAUCUCCGUUUCUAGUCAUCUGCCAUCAACACCCUCUAGGAGUCCGUCGAAUUUUCUCUUGUCACUCACAUCAAGGAUACCAGCCUAUCCGCGAUCUACGCCAAACUUGUCACUCUAGAGCAAGGCCAUCCAGCUGUUAGGAUCAAUGUAAAAUGUCUUCCAAAGAAAUCGAAGAAGCCAUGGAGAAACUCCAUCAAUGCAUAGAGAAAAUUAGGACCCUCGAAGCCCGGUUGGAGGAACAACAGGAGCUUACCAAGACGCUGAAGAGCCAGCUGGAGUCUCAUGAGCUGCAGAUGAACAUAGAGCGGAGGGUGCAGGAUAGCAGAUUCCACACGCUGGAGCGGCAGCUCAACCAGCUCCAAUGCGAACAACAGCGGCAAGCAAGGUUGGCAUUGCCUCCUCCAGCACCAGCUCCAGCACCAGCUCCAGCACCAGCUCCAGCACCAGCUCCAGCACCAGCUCCAGCACCAGCUCCAGCUCCAGUGGCAGCUCCAGUGGCAGCAACACAAGUAGCCGUUGGACGAGGACGAGGACGAGGCCGAGGACGAGGACGAGGCCGAGGCCGAGGAGGUCGCCGCGAUCGCGAUGAGCACCACUAUCACAUCUAUAACGUGGAUGUUUGGAAAGAGUUUCGCCGAGACUUAUUAUCUCACGGUAUUAACGGUAUUAACAUGCACUUUUGAGAACCAAACAGCUCCUGUUUCUAAUAUCUGGUACCUUUUGUGGGUUCUCAAGACGCAACCCUGCCGUUCAGAAAGAUGGGCAUCGACGAAGCAUCUAUUCACUCAGAAUAUAUACAGGCAUUCAUCUAACCUGGAGAGACACCAAUGCCGCUAUGAAGGCAAGCUCUUUGGGGAAGCGGGGUUGAAUCAGGCAGGCUCACUUGUUAUAUGCUAUGGGAAUUGGCACACGGAUUAUUUCUAUCAUGUACUUUCUUCCGAACGGCUUCACUUGAGGUCGAGUUGCAUUUGCGUCUAUUGUUGUAUCUGGUCUGGUCAAUUUCGUGUGUCAC